GCAAAUCGUGCACGAUAAUCGUUGCGACGUGUUAUUGACGUCUAACAGAACAAUAAACACGAGUACGCGACGUCCAGCAGAAUGGAAACUCACGAGGCAGAGCAUUACGUAACGUUUCCCCUUGGUGAAGUGCACGAUGCCAUAGAGGAAAACAUGAUAUCUCAUGAGGAGAUAUGCGAGCAGGUCGACGAAUGUGUUCUCCAGGAAGGCCUUACGGAGGUCACGGUUAGUAAUACUGUUAGUACUGACAUCGUAGAGUCUCAAGGUACCAUCGAGAUCCUUGCGGAACAGUCGGAAGAGGAGGACGAUACUCAGGUAGUGUAUCCGAUGUAUAUCAAGCAGGAGGAACAGCAGCAGUAUACAUCAGGCGACGACGAGUCCAUGGCUGUGGAAGCUCUACGUCAACUGGGCGGUAUGUAUCCAUGCUUCGAGGACAAGAAGAUCAGUUGUCCGGUCUGUAAACAUCUCUUUACCCAAGAGGAAAUAGUUGAACAUCAGACUGUAUGUCAAUCAACGUCCAAGCUAUCUUGCACUACUUGCGGAGAGAGAUUUGAAAGAAAGAUUGAUUUGAAUAAUCAUAUGGUUUGCCAUCAAGUGGACCGUCCUCAUGCAUGCAGAACAUGUGGUAACUUGUUUCGUUCCAAGCAGAGUUUGCAAUCACAUACGAUACAGGCACAUACACAACAUGUUGAACGACCACACAAAUGUACCAUCUGUGGCUCGGACUUCCAGAGGCCUUCUAGUUUAUCCAAUCACAUGAAGAUACACACGUAUGUUGCGGGACGAGCCAUCAUGCAGUCUCAGAGUAAUAAUAUAUCCCAGCCAGCAGAGACAUUCAGAAAAUGGCCAGAAAAUCCGCCUGAUUCACAGAACACUUCUCAAGUGGUAUUAUCCUCUUCAUCUGUCGAGUCUGUACAAAACUAUGAUGUAUGUCAAGUUCAAUGGCCGGUCUCAUCAUACAAUUUUAAUAGCGGACAAUCGAUAGUUACCACAAUGCCGAGUCAGGAUGCCAAGAUGGAUACGCUGCAAGAGUUUACAGUGAUGCCCAAUGGUGAAAUGACGCAAUUUAGCGAGUAUACCGAGCAAAAUAAUAUCAAUGAUUCUGUAAAUAACAGUCAACAAUAUAACAUAACGAUAAAUUCGUUCAACACUCCCGAUGGGAUAGUCAAAGUCGAGACGCUUUACAGAUGUAAUAAUGCGAAUAAACAAGAUUACGCAGAAGCCGAAAUGAAUAAUAGCAAGCAGUACAUAUGUAAACAUUGCGGAAUGAAAUUUUCCCGUGCGACUGCUUUAGCAUCUCACGAAAAGAUUCAUGCUUCGAAGAACAACUGGAAUAUGCCGAUCGAGUGCGAGUACUGCGACAAACAAUUUCAAGACGAGAAUCACUUGACGACUCAUCAAAUCACCUGCACUAAGAAAAUAAUGCAAAAUAACAUCGAACAAGGUGUGUCUAACAAUAAAUGGGGUAAGCACGCUUGUUCGGAAUGUGGAAAGAAAUUCACGACCAAGCAGAAGAUGUUUCGCCACCAGUGGAUUCAUCGCAAAAAGACUCACUCGUGCGAGGUGUGCGGCUCGCAGUUUGAAAAACAGAACGAGCUGGACGAGCACAGGUUGUCGGUACAUCCUGGAGAUUCGCCAUUUACUUGCAUGGAAUGCGGAAAGAGCUUUGUGUCACGACAGGGUCUUUGGGAGCACGGUAGAACGCACGCUGGAAGUCCGGCCCAUUUUCAAUGCGAUACCUGCUCGAAAACGUUUUCGUCUCGUCAAGGGUACUUAAUACACAAUCGUACACAUACUGGUGAACGACCGUACGGCUGCAAAUAUUGCUGGAAGGCGUUUCGAGACGGUGGAACUUUGAGGAAGCAUGAGCGAAUUCACACAGGGGAGAGACCGCACGUGUGUCCAUUGUGCUCGAGGGCUUUUAAUCAGAAGGUAGUCUUGCGCGAACAUGUUCGAUGGGUUCACGCAGCGGGGAAAAACGAAACGGAAGGAAGUCCCCCGUAUCAGUGUCCGCUUUGCGGCGCUCUGAAUCAGGAUCGCGACGAACUCUGCGCGCAUAUCGUUAAGCAUUCGGAUCAGAUGAUAGCUGAAGCAAAGGCGAAAACUAAUAACGAAGCCUCUCCAAAGUCGAAAUCAGUAAAGAAAAAGUCAUCAAAGUCAUCAUCAUGUAACGUGAACACACAGACGGAACAGAAUUUGGACUUUAUGCAGAAAGCGGAGCAAAACGAAGCCUUAUUGUCCAUCACUGACACAGUUGAUAAAUCGGAUGAUAUGCAUGAUAUAAAUGAAAAGCAAAACAAUGCGUAUGUUGUAGUUGCCGCAGAAAAACGUAAUGAUGGCUUCAUAGAAAUAGCCGAACUCAAGCAUAGCAAUAUACGAUUCAUCGUUGAUGGUAAAGAAGAUGAGAAUAUUCAGGUACUCCAAGUAGAACAAGAUCAGACAGAUCCUCUCGAUAUGAUUGCUAUAGACAAGCAAAACGACGCAACGAACAUUAUGUCCGCAGAAUCUGAUACACUCGAUGAAACAGUCGGGCAAAAUGAUAUGCCCACGAUACAUUUGAUCGAGUCUAAACAGGACAACACUCUAAAUAUAAUAUCGAAGCAGAACGAAUCGUUACCCGUUCUAACGAUACCAAAUCCGCAGGGUCAUGAGAAUUAUUCCAGUCAAAUCGUACAGAUAAGUGACGCAGAUAUGUCUAUAGACGUUGAAACUCUGAAAGAGAGAAAGAAUCAUAUUAAAAACGAGCAAGAUUCUUUAAUACCGGACGAAACAUCACAUGUUAUUAUACAGUAUCAUCACGACAGCGACGAUGGAGACGAUUUUAUUUGCGAAAUCUGUGAAGAAAGAUUUGAAGGCAAAACUAUAUUGAAGGAACACAUCAAGAUACACAUAUAAUUAUCAUUUCCACUUUAUCAUUUGCAUAUUGCUUGUGAUAUUUCACAUGCUAUUAAUGACUCUAUAGAAAGUAUGUGUGAGUAUGUGCUUGAUGAAUGUCCCUUACCAGUGACUUAAGAUGCACAAGAUUUAUUUAUCACCUGUAUACAAGUAACAAGUUUAAUUUCUAGAGAAGUAUGUAAGUAAAACAAGAUACUGAUUCUGAUAAGAAGUUAAUGUACAUAAAUUGCACAGUUAUUGUACAUAAACCUAAUUUACAAUAUA